UGAACUUCCAAAGAUGGCUGCAGCUUGUCGAUUUGCCCGUAACUUUCUCCUGAAAAACAGCGCUUUUCCUAAGCAAAGCGCAAUCUUCCGCCAUGCCCGAUGUAUGGGCGUAGUGGCAGGAAGCACCCAGCACACGCUGAGUGUAAAAAGGCGGAUUGACAAAGCGCGAGAUGCGUCCCUACUCGGGGGAGGACAGAAGCGUAUCGACAAGCAGCAUCAGAAGGGCAAGUUGACAGCCCGUGAGCGGAUCAAUCUGAUGCUGGACCCAGGCAGCUUUGUGGAGUAUGAUGCCUUCCUGGAACAUAAUUGCACGGACUUCAACAUGCAAGGGGAAAAGUACCCCGGGGACAGUGUUGUGACUGGAAGGGGAACCAUCAAUGGUCGCAUGUGCUUUGUCUUCAGUCAGGAUUUCACUGUGUUUGGUGGUAGCCUUUCUGGAGCACAUGCCAAAAAGAUCUGCAAGGUGAUGGAUCAGGCGAUGUUGGUGGGUGCCCCAGUGAUUGGGCUCAAUGACUCCGGUGGCGCCCGUAUUCAGGAAGGUGUUGAGUCACUAGCUGGAUACGCUGAUAUCUUUCAGAGGAAUGUCAAUGCAUCCGGUGUGAUUCCCCAGAUUUCUCUCAUCAUGGGACCUUGCGCAGGAGGUGCAGUGUACUCUCCGGCCCUGACAGACUGGACAUUCAUGGUGAAAGACACGUCCUAUCUCUUUAUCACAGGCCCUGAAGUCGUAAAGUCUGUGACCAAUGAGGAUGUGACCCAGGAGGAGUUGGGAGGAGCCAAAACUCAUACCACAAUUUCAGGUGUAGCUCACCGUGCGUUUGAAAAUGAUGUGGAUGGGCUCCUUCAACUGCGGGAAUUCUUCGACUUUCUACCUCUCUCCAAUCAAGAUCCUGCACCCAUCAGGGACUGUUAUGAUCCGUGGGACAGAAUGGUGCCAGGUCUUGACACAGUUGUCCCCCUUGAAACAACAGCUGCCUACGAUAUCGUAGACGUCAUUACAGGGGUAGCUGAUGACAGCCACUUUUUUGAGAUCAUGCCAGCAUAUGCCAAGAACAUCGUCGUGGGUUUUGCAAGGAUGAAUGGACGGACGGUUGGCAUCGUUGGAAACCAACCCAAAGUGGCUGCAGGUUGCCUGGACAUCAAUGCGUCUGUGAAGGGUGCACGAUUUGUGAGGUUUUGCGACUCAUUCAACAUCCCGAUUGUCACCUUUGUAGAUGUUCCCGGCUUCCUGCCUGGCACCAGCCAGGAAUUUGGAGGUAUUAUCCGCCAUGGGGCAAAGCUGUUGUUCGCUUAUGCAGAGGCUACGGUCCCUAAAAUCACGGUCAUCACUAGAAAGGCGUAUGGAGGAGCGUAUGAUGUCAUGAGCUCCAAGCAUCUCCGUGGCGACACAAACUACGCCUGGCCAACUGCUGAAGUGGCGGUCAUGGGAGCAAAGGGUGCAGUAUCAAUCAUCUUCCGCGGGAAGGAUCAGGCUAAGAAUGAGGCAGAGUACGUCGAGAAGUUCGCGAACCCGUUCCCUGCGGCAGUCAGAGGUUUUGUUGAUGACAUUAUUGAACCAAGGACGACCCGGAAACAGAUCUGUCAAGACUUGGACGUUCUGGCCAGCAAAAAGUUGGUCAAUCCAUGGAAAAAACAUGCAAACAUGCCGCUUUAAACUAGUGGUAUUAUGUGUAUGAGAUUAUUUUAUUGUUGAACUCCUGUAGUGGAAAAUAGUGUAGCGACUAUGUUUUGUGUGUUAAAUAGCUGUGAAUGAAUUUAUUUAUGAGGGGUUAAUUCAGAUUUUAUGAUUUAAGGUAAGUGUGUUCACUCAAGCAUAAAGUGUGGCAUAACUAUUCUUGGCACCCCAGCAUAUCCAUAACCUAUAUGAUAUAGAUUAUGAAUACACUGGGGUGCCGAGGAUGGGCAUAACAUGAUGCGGAUCAACUACUGAUUUGGGAACAUUUAACAUUUUUUAAAGGCUCAAUUUAAUGUGAACAGGUCAGUUAAUCGGCACAUCUGUCAAAUUUUUAUAUAUGUCAGGUUCUUUAAUCUUUUUGUUGUUAUAAAAUGGAUGUAGAUCUAUACAUUGUGCAUGUUGAAUUAUAAAUUAUUUAAUGGAUUGUUAGAGUUGGAAUGCAUUUUAAAUACAUUACAUGGCUUCCAAACCUUGCUUCGAUGGACGAGAGUGGCCUAGUGGUAUGGCUGUCCGCCUCUCACCAAAGAGGUUGUGGGUUCAAGCCAAACCAGGUGUAUCUUCUUAUGACCUCUCCAAAAGAGCACAGUACUGGAUUCUGCUCAGGAAAUGGACUCCUGAUUUAUUCAUAUAAACUUUCAGCUGUCAUCACAAAAGGGAAAAAAAAUUAAAAACCUUGCUAGAAUAUUUUAAAAAAUUAUAAUCUUUCAAGCAUGAUUCUUUGAUGGAAAGCACCAGCAUACAUGCCAUAUUUCUGAGAGGCUUCCCAGGGGAUUUUGGUCUGAAUUCCAGGGGAUUUUGAUAUUACACCAGGGGAUUUAUACGCGACGAAAAUUUGCGCAAUAUCUGCAUUUAUAAUAUGAGAAUAAAUACAGAAAUACACUCAAAUUAUAAUAAUUUUUGGACUUAGUCAUCAUGGUCCUUCAUGGAAUUUCACACUCAUAAUAUUAUUGAUGCUUUCCACUGUCAACCUUAAGCAAGUUUUGAAAAAAAAAAUAAAAAAAAAAUGUUUUUUUAAAUUCCAGGGGAUAUGGACCCCCCGGCGGGGGACCAGGGGAUGGGUCGAAAUUGCGGGGGAUUUUUCCCACCGCCGGAGGAUAUGGCAUGUAUGAGCACCAGUAACAAGUCUGAUUGUUUGGAUUUUGCCUGAAUUUCCCUCCACCUAUACCCAUAUUUUUCAUUUCAUGUGUGAACAUUAUAUCUGUGUAUUCUUUCUUAAAGUGAUUUCGUAUUUUAAAUAAAUACAUACACAUGUAUUACAAACAAGUGAUAAGCCUUUAACUACUUACUAAUUAAUGCAUUUCUGUAAAAUAUUGAUUACUGAUAACAAGAUUGUAACUGUGUUUUAAGCUCUACUGGCCAAAGGCCAGAAGAGCUUAUGCGAUGGUAAUGUGUACGUAGUAUGUGCAUCCGUGCGUUCGUGCGUCUGUAAACAAUUGCUUGUGAACACGAUACAGUCUUCAGUUUUGAUUGUAUCUCGAUGAAACUUGUACAGUAUCUAGAUAUCCAUUAGAGCUGGGUUCCUUUCGAAAACCAGCCAGAUCCGCCCAUGCAUGCCUAGAUUAUGGCCCUUGAUAGUAUAAAAAAAUGCUAUUGUGUAAACAAUUGGUUGUGAACACGAUACAGUCUUCAGUAUUUAUUGUAUCUCAAUGAAACUUGUACAGUAUCUAGAUAUCCAUUAGAGCUCGGUUCCUUUCGAAAACCAGCCAGAUCCGCCCAUGAAUGCCUAGAUUAUGGGCCAUGAAAGUUUUAAAGAAAUGCUCUCUAUUUUUAGCCAGGUUUGCAUGAGCGAAUUCUAUUUUUAGCCAAGUUUACAUGUACAUGUAAAUUCAAGUCUAGAGUUAAGGGAGACAAUUUGCAAGUCUAGGAUUUUGAGAGACAUUUUGCUUUUUGCUUCUGCAGCUGAUUUUGUGAAUUACUCUGCCUUGUUCUUGUUGAAACCCCAAAGGCCAUUUUUUAGCUUUAAGUUCUGUAGUUUGCGCAUUCAUCUUAACAAAAUUGGUUGUGAAUAUUUAAGUUAUGCACCUGAUGUCAUAACUGGCCACACCCAGGGUUCACAGGUUUGGUAAACAUAAAUCUGGAAAGGUUUUAAAAUCUUUUUGUGUGUUCAUGCAUCCAUCUCAGCAAAAUUGAUUGUGAAUGUUUGUUCAAAUUGAUCAAUGUUGUCCUAGGAUGCCCUUGACUUUGACCUUUUGACCAACUUUUUUAACUUUUAAAACUACAGAAAUUUUUACUAUGAGUACAGCUUUGAAAGCAUUUUUUAUUUUGUCAGAUGACUUUUACUUGGCACAUAUUAAAAUAGUUCAUGGAACUAAUCUGCUUACAAUACUUUCUGGGCUCAGAUGUUGAACGUGCUACGUUUUCAGGUAAGCCAAACACAAAACAUAAACCAUAUGUCUGUUGCCUUUUACCCAUACAUACAUGCUCUGGAUUGAUAUGACCACAAAAGCCAUGCCAGUAGAGCAUAGGCCCUUUUGGGCCUCUUGUUAAUAGUUGAACAGCACAAAUAUAAAAUGAUUGGUGAGUCUUAAAAGAUUUACUGUGAUCAACUAUAAUCUUGAAAGGAACAAAUACUGUGUCUUCCUUUCAAAUAAAGCAUGGUAUCCUCCAUAAGAACCAAUUUUUCGAAAUUUAUUCAUCCUUUUCGGUAAAUUAAAAAUAAUUGUUAAUUGUGGUACAUCUUAUUUGGAAGUAAGAGUGCAUCUUUAAAUUAUAUUUAAAAUCUAAAUUUGAAUCAUAGGAAACCAUUCUUUUUAAUCAAGAUGUUAAUCCCAAAAGGUAACCAUUGAUAUUAAAAUAUAGAAAGUUUUGUUACCUUCUUGUAUAAAUCCAAUGAAUUAUGUAUUUUUUGCAUCUCAGGAAUAAUUUUCUUGUAGAUUGAAUUUAUUUGUAACAAUCUUCAUAAUUACCUAAAAAUGCUGGUAUGUGAGUUUUAGUCAUUACAAACCAUACAAUAACUUUAAGAAGUCCCUUUUCUUGUAUGUGUUUUAUUUAGAUGCAUAUCAUAUGUUUCAUGAAUAUCUAUAAUGUAUAUUAUAUGUAUAGAACAGUUACUACAGGAAAGCUAUGCUUUUAGAUAUGCACCUACAUUUAUGUUUAAUAAAGGCUUUGUUAUA